UCCCCACCCCCUCCUGGAUUUCCCUUCCGGUUCUUCUUCUCCCCGCCCCACCUAUUCUCGGGCCUUUUCUCCUCGCGCCUUGCUUUACCUCCACCUCCAUAGGCCGUCAGCCUCCUCCUCCGCCUCCUCCUCCGCCUCCCACCCAUGUCCUCCCCCCUCCAACUCUAUCACCUCCCCCCUGCUGCUCCUGCGUCUCUCGCGAGAGCUCAACCGUCGGCAAAGCCGCGCUUCCGCUCUUGCGCAUGAUAGCCAAGUCUCGGAGGAGAGGCGGCCGGAGGAGAGGCGGUCCGAGGAGAGGCGGUCCGAGGACAGGCGAUCCGAGGAUAGGCGGUCGAGGCCGUGCAAGUCCGGCUCUCGGCAUGCCACCAUGUCCUCUACUCGCUUACCUCCUGUAGCGCUAACCCUCAAACAGUUCAUGAGGAGGCAACAAGUCCUCCUUCUCUACAGAAAGAUUUUACAAGCAAUUCGCCAGGUACCAAAUGAACGUGACCGCAAGUAUCUACAGAACUGGGCAAGGGAAGAAUUCAAAAGAAAUAAGAGUGCCACAGAAGAGGUAAGGAUGGUCAAGAGCUCAACUUGGUGGCGGCAGGCCCCCCUUUCACUACUGUCCAGCUUCUUUUCAAUGAUUGGAUAUAAUCCGAAUGAUGAUCACUCAAGGAAAUCUGCAACUAAAAGAGUUGGAGAAAACGUUAAAUUUGGCAAAAGCAUAACUUCAUAAUUUCCCCAAAGGUUUUUCAAAAUCUAUGUUGGAGUACUACAAGGUAAAUGGAGUUUAAAACUCAUUGCAAGGAGUAGAAAGCUAAUGUGUUUGUAACAACCUUUGCCUGGUGAUGAUCCCCACUACAAAUUCAAAGAACGUGCUACAUUUGUGCAAAAUAGCCUCAUAUGGACCCAGACUUGUGUUAAGAAGAAAAUAAAGAGCAUCUUGGGAGUUGCCUUAGCAGUGAACAGUACACACCAAGGAUUUGUUUUAUUAUUUUGGAUAUGCUAGUCAGUUUUCAUGAGAAAUAACACUACCAAAACAUAACAUAUUGAUAAAAAAAAAUUAAAAAUGUGUUUUCUUGCAUGUUACUAUUA